AUGAAGUCCGACACAGUCAUGGACCUCUCCUGCUUCACUGAAUCACAACUCACAGUCCGUGACGCGAUACAAAAAAUCACCUCUCAGUUCGACAACAACUACUGGCAGGAACACGAUCAGACAUCAACAGAUCCACAUGAACUACACGCUGCACUGGCCAAGGACGGCUGGCUAGGUAUUGCAUUACCUGAGGAAUAUGGCGGUGCGGGCCUCGGAAUAAGUGAAGCCACUUUGAUGAUGCAGACGAUCGCGCAAAGUGGUGCUGGAAUGGCAGGUGCUCAAUCGAUACAUGCGAAUGUCUAUGCUACACAACCACUUGCGAAAUACGGGAACAAGAAGCAGAUAGAGCGUACGAUUCCGGGAAUUAUCAAUGGGCAGUACAGGACUUGUUUUGGUGUUACGGAGCCGAAUACGGGUCUCGAUACAUUGAGACUGAAGACUUUUGCGAGAAAGGAAGGCGACAAGUAUUUCAUUUCAGGCCAGAAGAUAUGGAUCACCUGUGCUCAAGUGGCAUCGAAAAUGAUCUUGCUUGCCAGGACGACCCCGGUCGAAGAAGUGAAGAAGCCGAGUGAAGGCCUAAAUCUGCCGGAAGAAGCAAAGAGGACACCAGGAUCUGGUCUUGAGCUGAGGAGGAUUAAGAAGAUGGGCGGUCGUGCUGUGGACGCGAAUGAAGUCUUCUUCGACAACUACGAGGUUCCUGCUGACACACUUGUUGGGAAUGAAGGUCAAGGUUUCAAGGUCAUUCUACAUGGAAUGAAUGCUGAGCGUUGUCUUCUUGCUGGUGAAGCGCUGGGUUUGGGCUAUGUCGCGCUAGAAAAGGCGGCGGCGUACGCGAAAGAAAGGAACGUCUUCGGUCGACCGAUUGGCAAGAAUCAGGCGAUCGCGCAUCCAUUAGCCGACGCCUACAUGAACCUGGAAGCAGCGAAACUAGCAACAUACCAUGCUGCAAGACUCUAUGAUCAGAGUGGUAAGGAUAGCUCGAUCAGCCAGAUCACUAUCGGCGCCAUGGCAAACGCAGCUAAAUACUUGGCUGGUGAGGCAGCCUUCAAGGCCUGCGAAAGAGCUGUGAUGUGUCAUGGUGGGAUGGGAGUAAGUGACUUCAGCGAGAUAAUGGUCCGAGCUAAUCUUCGAUAG